AUUGUCGUUUGUAUUGGACGAAUCGUGUUGAAAAUCAAAUACGUGGAAGUAGUUUUUCGGGUUCUGACGAAAUAACAAUUGCCAAUUCGACAUCAUUACCACAAUUGACAGAACCUGUUGACGUGAAAUCACUUGGAGGAUACCUUUAUAUUUUGUCAAACUCAAGUGAAAAACUAAUCCGAAUAUCAAAGAAUGGAACUAAUCUGGAAUAUAUUGGAAACAGUGUAUUUUCAGGACCGGAAACUCUUAUUAUUCGGAGAGUAAAUAAUGCAAGAAUACCAACAACCUGUAAGGAACUAGAGCACGGCAGACCUAGUGGUAGGCCAGGAGGACAAGGCAGACCUGGUCAACCUGGUAGGCCUGGCAGACCGGGAAGACCUGGUGGACCAGGAGGACCAGGUAGGCCUGGUAGACCAGGACAAGGUGGAUCUAGCGGACAAGGAGGGCAAGGUAGACCAGGUAGACCUGGCAGACCAGGAGGGCAAGGUAGACCAGGUGGACCUGGUAGGCCGGGAGGAGAAGGCAGACCUGGUCAACCUGGUAGGCCAGGUAGACCAGGCGGACCAGGUAGGCCUGGUAGACCAGGACAUGGUGGAUCUGGUAGACCAGGAGGACCUGGUAGACCUGGCAGACCAGGAGGGCAUGGUAGACCUGGUAGUCCUGGAGGGCAAGGUGGAUCUGCUGAGUGUGGACUUCCUAAACACGGUAGUGCUG